AUGGCAGACGAAGACAUUGCCAGGUUCACUUCCAUCACUGGAGCCUCGGAUGACAGGGCCAGGUUCUUUCUGGACUCUUCCAAAGGCGACGUCAGUGCUGCUGUACAGGCAUUUUACGACAGUGGAGGAGCAGAGGGUACAUCGGCAGAGGCUCAAGAAGGCGCUCAGGGCCCCGUGUCAACAGCUCCAGCAGCCUCCGCUCCUUCGGCUGGACCCAGGACGCUCGGAGGUGGUGCAGCCGAGCCGUUGCCCGAGGGAUGGGGCUCCAGAGCAGCUACCGGCUCAAGCGCUCGUUCUAGAGGAGGAGGCUUCAGCGCCGGGGGUGGUCGAGGCGGCAUUGCCACGCUUGGUGAUCUCAAUCGCCAAGAAGCCGAAGACGAGGGAGACGAUGAGAGAGGUCCAGCAAAUCUCUUCACUGGUGGAGAGCGAUCUGGAUUGAGCGUACAGAAUCCAGACUUCCGCCGAGACGAGGGAGGACAUUCAGACGCCGUUCGGGAAAUCCUGAGACAGGCUGCUCAAGGCGCUCGCCGUGGGCAGGAAGAAGACGAAGGAAGUGCUCAGGCGGGUGCAGCUACUCCUCCCAGCUUCGGUGGUCGAGGAAGAACUAUCGGUGGCCCCGACGAAGAAGCACCAGCAAGUCUAGCAUCAGGCAGCACACCCUCUCGCUCCACUCGCUCAGGUGGAAUACCCGGAGGUUUCGGUCCUACAGACGAGGACGACGACGAAGACGAAGAGGAGGAGCCUAUCGCGAUUCGUCACCUCACCUUCUGGCAAGACGGCUUCAACAUCGAGCGCGGACCUCUACACCGCUACGAUGACCCAGCCACGCAGCCCCUGCUGGAUGCCAUCAGGUCAGAGCGCGCUCCCCUGGCUCUCUUCGAUCUCAAGUUUGGUCAACGAGUGGAGAUACGAGUCGCCCAUCGUAUGCAAGAGAAGUACUCGGCACAGCUAGCCGAUGCGGCCAUUGAGCGCGAGCCACCCAAGCCUUUUGGCGGUCAGGGCAACCGGUUGGGAAGCCCAGCACCAGCAUUGGCCGGUUCAUCAUCUGCAAGUGGGAGCGGUACCGCUUCGACUUCUUCUGCUGCUCCUUCUGGCGCAGGCGCAGGCGCAGGUGCAGUCACCCCCGCCAAUUUCCAAAUCGACGACUCUCAGCCCACGACACAGGUGCAAAUCCGCCUCGCCGACGGCUCCAGGCUGGUGGGCCGAUUCAACCACACGCACACCGUCGCAGAUCUGAGGUCGUACAUCAAUGCUUCGCAGCCCGGCAUGGCGGCCCGCUCCUAUGUCCUGCAGGCGUCCUUCCCGCCCAAGCCCCUUACGGAGGAGGGGAAGACGCUCAAGGAGGCGGGGCUGGUUAGCUCGGUUGUGAUCCAGAAGUGGACUUAG